AUGCCAACAUUGGCGCCACGUAUUCUUAGUCUAUUGAAUCGUAGGUGCUCAUCCUUGAAUUUCCAUCUCCACUUGACUCGAACGAACACGACUUUUAUUAGCACUACUCCAGCGCAUCGUCAACAACCACUCACUACUACUACAAAGCGCUUCACUUUUAUACGAUCAGUAUCCACUAUGCCAGGCGCAACAACAACAACAGCCGAAUCACCUUCAGACUGGUCACUCUCCAGCAACGGCAAAUAUUGGACCUUCACUCGUCCUCUUGAGCAGUCGGAUAAUGAUGAUAGAAAGUAUCGACUCAUCAAGCUUGCCAGCAAUGAUUUGCAAGUGCUACUGAUUCAUGAUGCGGAUACGGACAAAUCCAGUGCAGCACUUGAUGUUCAUGUGGGCCACCUUAGUGAUCCAGAUGAUUUACAAGGCCUGGCACACUUUUGUGAGCACUUGCUGUUUAUGGGCACUGAAAAGUAUCCAAAGGAAAACGACUACAAUCAGUAUUUGGCCGAACACUCGGGCUUCUCCAAUGCUUUCACGGGUGUAGAAAACACCAAUUAUUACUUUGAGAUCGGCCACGAAUACCUCGGCGGUGCAUUGGAUCGCUUUGCUCAGUUUUUCAUUUCACCCUUGUUCUCAGCCAGCUGCACUGAACGUGAAUUGAGAGCCGUCGAUUCAGAACACAAAAAGAACCGACAACAAGAUAGCUGGCGCAUGUUUCAGUUGGAGAAGUCGUUGAGCAACCCAAAUCACCCUUAUUGUCAUUUCGGCACCGGCAACUUGGAGACCUUGUAUGACAGCCCAAAAGCCAAAGGCCAAGACAUUCGCGCUGAAUUACUCAAGUUCCAUGACAACUAUUAUUCCGCCAACAUCAUGAAACUUUGCAUCCUCGGUAGAGAAUCACUUGAUCAACUGACUGAAUGGGCUGUCGACAAGUUCAAUGAUGUGAGGAACAAGGGCAUUGAACCACCAAAGUUCCCAGGUCACCCUCUCACUGAAAAGGAGCUCAUGAAACAAAUCUUUAUCAAGCCCGUCAAAGACGUGAGAUCCUUAGAAAUGACAUUCCCUUUCCCGGAUCAGAGACCUCUUUACGCAAUUCAGCCUGGUCGAUACAUCUCUCAUCUCAUUGGACAUGAAGGCGCUGGAUCUAUCCUUUCUUUGCUCAAGAAGAAUGGCUGGGCUAAUUACUUGCAAGUUGGCUCUAUUCAUGGUGGCAUUGGCUUUGAAUUCUUGAGAAUCAGCAUUGAUUUGACUGAAGAAGGUUUACGCUCUUAUGAGGAUGUUGUCGUAUGCGUGUUCCAGUAUAUCAACAUGCUCCGGCAAUCGGGUGUACAACGAUCGAUCUUCAACGAGGUGCAAUCUCUUGCUUCAUUGGCCUUCCGAUUCAAGGAAAAGUAUCCACCAUCCCAAUACACCUCUCGAUUGGCGGGUCUUAUGCAACAUGGUUACCCAGCUCCAUUCAUCCUAAGUGGUCCAAGCCUGAUUCGUGAAUACAAUGUGGAUAUCAUCAAUGACAACCUUGAAUAUCUUCGCCCUGACAAUUUCCGAAUUAUGGUCGCAUCACAACAACCACCUAAUGGAGCACAAUUCACCAUGCGCGAAAAAUGGUACGACACCGAAUAUAAUGUUCUUGAAUUCAGCGACCAAUUGAAGAAGACGCUACAAAAUCUUCAACCCAAUGAUGCAUUGUACUUGCCAGGCAAGAAUGAUUUCAUCCCCACCAACUUUGAGACGCACAAGAAAGAGAUUCUUCAACCUGCCAAGAAGCCUGAGCUUAUCUUGAACAACCCCAAGACAAGGUUAUGGUACAAGAAGGAUGACACUUUUUGGGUCCCAAGAGCCAAUGUAUGGAUCCUUUUCCGAAGCCCUCUUGCAUACGCUACACCUACCAAUUGUGUGAAGACACGCCUUUUCACGGAUUUGCUCAAGGAUUCGCUGAAUGAAUAUGCAUAUGAUGCUGAAGUGGCUGGCCUUGCUUAUAACAUUGAGAACCUUUUAGAAGGAAUGCUGCUUGCAGUCGGUGGUUACAAUGAUAAGCUUUCAGUAUUGUUGGAAAAGGUGGUUCAAAAGAUGAAGGACCUUCAAGUGGAUCCCGAGCGAUUCAAGCUUUUGAAAGACCAAUUGCGAAGAUCAUACAAGAAUUUUGCGCUUGAGCCACCUUAUCAGCACGCUUUAUACUAUCUCUCGUACUUUACACAAGACAAGAUGUGGACGAAUGCUGAGAAGCUGAGAGAACUUGACGCCAUCACAGCUGAGGAUAUUCAAGCCUUCUACCCAACCAUCCUUUCGCACUUGCAUCUUGAAGCUUUGGUACAUGGCAAUGUCCUUCAAAAGGAUGCCGAGGAUAUGAUGAACACGGUGAUCAAUAUCUUGAAUCCACGCGAAUUGCUCCCAAGUCAACUUAUUGGACACCGCAGCUUGAUCCUGCCACCUGGUUCUAAAUGGGUGUAUAAUCGACAAGUCGAAGAUCCACACAAUGUGAAUUCUGGUAUCGAGUAUUUGAUCCAAGUUGGCAAUGUGACACAAACAUCGUUGCGGGCUCGCUUAAGCUUGUUGGCGCAAAUUGCUCAAGAACCUUGCUUUGAUCAGCUGCGUACCAAGGAACAACUAGGCUAUUUGGUUUUCAGUGGUGUACGCAAGCAAGCAGGAUCCAUGGGAAUGCGCUUCAUUGUGCAAAGUGAGCGAGAUACGAUUUACUUGGAGAACCGCAUCGAAGAAUUCUUGAUCAAGUUGAGAAGCAUCAUUGUCAACAUGUCGGAUGAAGAAUACCAGGCACAGGUACAAUCGCUCAUUUUCAAGAAGCUUGAAAAGGACAAGAAUUUGGGACAAGAAGGUGGCAAGUAUUGGACACAUAUCCAUUCGGGAUACUAUGAGUUUGAUCAAGUGGACAAGGAUGUCAAGGAGCUCAAAAUGAUUUCCAAGGAGUCUUUGCUUGAAUUCUUUGACCUUCACAUUGACCCAGCAUCGGAUAAUGUGCGUAAGAUUGCUGUGCAUAUUCAAUCGCAAAAGACACCACCCGCACCCAAGUACAAGGUCGACAUUGAAUCCUUACACACAUGUUUGGUUGCACAAGGCGUGAAUCGGGUGAGCAUUGAUGAUUUGCGUACAGCAGUGGAAAAGGGCGAAGCUGGAGAAGCAUCCAUGGAAGCUGUAUUGCGCGAGAUGUUGAUUGAUGAAAGCAAGGGCAACGAGGAGGAAAUUGAAGAGCUCAUGUCGAAAUUGGUCACAGCCAUGGGAAUGACAGAAGCAGCUGCACAAGGCAAUGGUACUAUCAACGGCACUUUUGUUACGGUAGAUAAUAAAAAGACGGCCCGUCGAUUGUCAGCAGUCGAUGGCGAUUCAUCAACUGAUAGCGGUCAACAAACUCCUGUCAGGGAUCAUUCAUCGCUACCCGAGGGUAAUACUAUCAUCACCGAUCCUGUUGCAUUCAAGAGUAGAAUGGAACUUAGCCCAGCGGCCGUGCCGCUGAUUGAUUUUUAA